GUCUGCGUGGAUCUUCAGCCGUUUCAGACACAUACCCAGAAAAUUUCGAGCUGCAAAAUUGUUUGUUCUUAGGUUCUCUUCAGUUUAUCCUCUACUCUUUGUCCCUUUGAAUAUUCAUACGAACGACGCGUUAUUCUCCUUUUCAAUAGAACCAAGGAUUGGCUAUGGAGGAUGCAACAACAGCGAUUAGGUAUUGGUGUCACAUGUGCUCUCGAUCCGUGAAUCCAAUCAUCGAAGGCGAGAUAAUCAACUGCAACUUCUGUCAAAGCGGAUUCGUCGAAGAAAUGGACGAAACUCCGGAUCAGAUCACCAAUGAUCAUCCUCCUCAGACUCAUCAGCAGGCUGCUGAGUCUCUCUGGGCUCCCAUCUUACUCGGGAUGAUGAACGAUCAGAGAUCCUCAGAAUCUAAUCUCGAAAACGAAGAUAAUAAUGAUAAUGAUGAUGAUAAUGAUAAUGAUGAUGGUGAUGAUGAUGGUGAUGGUGAUGAAGGUCAGAUUAAUGAUGGAGAGUUUGAUUUGGAACGGCACUUAGAAGAGAUCAUGCGGAGAAGGAGAAGACACUCAGCUGCGAUACUCGAUCUCCUCCAAGGGAUCCGAGCCGGGUUAUCGGUAGAAUCCGAAAACAACGAGGACAGCGAGCUUGUUGUCUUGAUCAACUCCUUUAACCAGAGGGUCAGGAUUCAAGACUCUUUAGACGCGAGUUCUGUCCCCUCUGGCUCUUUGGGCGAUUAUUUCAUCGGACCGGGGUUCGAGAUGUUGCUGCAACGGUUAGCGGAGAACGAUCCGAACAACAGGUACGGGACGCCGCCCGCGACGAAAGAGGCGGUUGAGUCGUUGGAGACGGUUAGAGUGGAGGAGAGUUUGGUGCAGUGUAGUGUGUGUUUGGAUGAUUUCGAGGUUGGUGUGGAGGCGAAAGAGAUGCCGUGUAAGCAUAUGUUUCAUGGGGAGUGUUUGUUGCCUUGGCUUGAGCUUCAUAGCUCUUGUCCUGUGUGUAGGUAUUUGCUUCCGACAGGGGAUGAUGAUGGUGAAGGGAAGACUGAUGCGGAGACUUCGAGUAAUGUUUCUAUGGAGAAUAAUGGGACAUCGGUAGACUCGAGUUCGAACAAUCCGUCGGUUAAUGAUUAAGGACUGUCACCCCAGUGUGAGACAAGUUUACUGAACACAGAGGGGUCAGUCUGGUGAAGCGUUUGUGAUUAGUUUGGUUAUGGAUACUACUUGGUAAUGUUGAAUGUUACUUGGUUGGUUGCAGUACAUAGUUUUCACAGGUUUUGUUGAAACUUGAAAGUGGAUUCUUUUGGAAUUUCAAGUCUUUUUUUUGUUUGACUUUUUUUUUUUUUUUCGGUCUGAUUGUUUCAAGUUUUGAUCCGAUCAGUUCAUUACUAUAAUAAUCAGCAUUAAAAAAGUAAUAUAAGAAAAGAUAACUUAGGCAUUUAGUUGGUUUAUUUGAGCAGAAGACUUUGAUCUUGUCUUCUAUGUAAUGAUUGUUUGAAAGCUCUUCACGCGGUACUUUU